AUGGCCUGGGCAAGCACAAACUGUACUAAGCUUAAAAAACUCUACAGUAAACAAAACAUGCCUGUAGAAUUGUCUUCGGAUAUUCAGUCUGAUAAACUACCAUUGCCCCCUCUUCUCCUUGCUGCUGUGGAAAGAAAAGAAAUAGACUUUAGUAUUCUAAAAAGGUCAAAACUAAAGGAGUAUGUUAUGGAUUUUCUUUUUGAUGUCAUGAAGCAACAGUACGGGUUAUUUCCAAGUACAAGUAACUUCUAUGAAAUAGCAAAUGAGCUUUUCCUAAGGUAUCCUUCUCUAAAACCUCGUCACUGCAAUGGCUCUGAACUUCUUGUGCAUUUGUUGAAGGCAAAAUUUAAGCAAGUUAGGCGUCCUCUUCUAAAUGUUGAGCAAGUUGCACAGUUUAAAAUAAAGUACUCUAGAAUUAAUUCUGAUCGUGAGCGAAAUUCUGUCUUGCUGAAUGAGUCUGUUAAUAUUUGCUCAGCAAAACGUCACUGCCAUCAUUCAAGUGAUAAGAAUGUGGAUGAUGGUAUAACUCAAGAUAUUAUAAAAAGCAUGACGAAUGAGUGUCAGAAAUCGUGCCCAGAUAUUGAAUUUUUGGCUCACCAGAUUAUCUUGUAUAUCUUGUAUAUUGAGGCAUUGAUAUAUCUUGUCAAUUGAGGCAUUAAAAUAUACAUGCCGAAAUAAAAGAACUUUGGAUGUCCUUAAUAAAUUCCCAGCACUUUACUAUGAAAAAGUUGUAAGUGGUUUAUGUAGUAUUUUUUUGUAUCUAUAUUGCUCUUUUAAUGUUGUCUUAAAACUGCAGCUUUCCUGAAUAUGAGCAAUAAUUCACCCAUUUAAUGAACUUGAUAGCGGCUUAACACAAGAACUUGAAUAACAAUUUUUCAGUUUUAUUACUUUUAUAAAGAAAUUUACUUUCAAUAAACAUAAACUAUAUAUAAAAAUACAUAACAAAAUUAAAAUUAUAAAACUUAAUAAAGUAGGGUUUGUAAUGUACCUGGAAAACCUGGAAAAUUCGUUAAUUUUGGCUUAAGUCAUGGAAAACCUGGAAAAGUCAGGGUUUUUUUUUUUUUUCUUUAGUUUGAAAAGUCAAGGAAUUCAGAUUAAGUUACCCGUUUUACAAUUCAGCUAUUAUGUUUUUGUUGAUGCUACCUUUUUACUUUUUCUGAAAUUUUGUUUUUCUUAGUGUUCAUUCUUAGUCAUCCUUAAUAAUAAGAUCCAUUGUAACAUGUAUAAUAAGAUCCAUACUAAUAUCCGACUUAACUAAUAGCUAAGUUUUAUAAGUUUUGUCAUUUAAAGCAUGUACAAUUUUAGCAUUUCUAUUACAUUAAAUUAGAUAGUAGUUUCAAACAUUUUACAAAAACUAUUGUUUAAAAUAGUCAGGGAAAAGUGUUUGAUUUUUCAAAAAAGUUGGGAAAAAUUUAUGGAAUUUUAUAUAAAUAUUUGGCCACGAAUCCUGUAAGACAAUUAGUUGUAUCUUUAAAGAUAUAUUUACUGCCUUGGCGUGGGAAGUUCAAAAUUAAUUUUUCUGUGUUUAUUAAACUCUAUUGUCUGUUGUUUUUUUCUGCAAUAUUAAUAAAAGUCUGCAAAUAUUAUUUUUGGUCAGCUAAAUAACAUAUGCUGCUCCAGGGUACCAGUUCCCAAAUUUUUUAGAAAAGUCCUUGUAAUAUUAGGGUGGAAUUCAAGGAUAUUUUUUUAUUUAAUCGCGUAUUGAAGUCGUUUUCUUUGUUUUAUUUUUAGCUUUUUGCAGCAGCAAUGGUUAUAACA